AUGAGUUUAGAGGCCACAGAUUCCAAAGCCAUGGUCCUGUUGAUGGGUGUAAGAAGAUGUGGAAAAUCAUCAAUUUGUAAAGUUGUUUUCCAUAAUAUGCAACCCUUGGAUACUUUGUAUCUUGAAUCAACCUCGAAUCCCUCUCUUGAGCAUUUUUCCACUCUCAUCGACCUAGCAGUAAUGGAGCUUCCUGGACAGCUAAACUACUUUGAGCCCAGUUAUGAUUCUGAAAGAUUAUUCAAAAGCGUUGGAGCAUUAGUUUAUGUUAUUGACUCUCAAGAUGAAUACAUCAAUGCAAUUACUAACCUGGCGAUGAUUAUUGAGUAUGCCUAUAAGGUGAAUCCCUCUAUCAAUAUAGAGGUUUUAAUUCACAAGGUUGAUGGUCUAAGUGAGGACUUUAAAGUUGAUGCUCAGCGUGAUAUAAUGCAACGGACCGGUGAAGAAUUGCUAGAACUGGGAUUGGAUGGUGUUCAGGUUUCAUUCUACUUAACAUCAAUCUUCGAUCACUCGAUAUAUGAAGCAUUUUCAAGGAUAGUGCAAAAGCUAAUACCUGAAUUGUCUUUUCUGGAGAAUAUGUUAGAUAACUUAAUUCAGCAUUCAAAAAUUGAAAAGGCCUUUUUAUUUGAUGUUAAUUCCAAAAUUUACGUUUCCACAGAUUCAAAUCCUGUUGAUAUACAAAUGUACGAAGUAUGCUCUGAGUUUAUAGAUGUGACAAUUGAUUUAUUUGACUUAUAUAAGGCACCUGUCCUACGGAAUAGCCAGAAGAGUACCGAUGAGAAUAAUACGAUAAAUCCUCGUAACGAGCUACAGAAUGUAUCACAACUAGCUAAUGGUGUGAUUAUUUACUUGAGACAGAUGAUCAGGGGUUUAGCAUUGGUUGCAAUCAUAAGACCUAAUGGUACAGACAUGGAAAGUUGCUUAACUGUUGCGGAUUAUAAUAUUGACAUUUUUAAGAAGGGUUUGGAGGAUAUUUGGGCAAAUGCAAGAGCUAGUCAAACCAAAAAUAGUAUUGAGGACGAUAUGUGA